ACAAACUUAACCCUCUAAAAUCCUCCCCCCCCUCCCCAAUAAAAAAAAACUACGCUAGAAGCCCUAUUUCUUGCUCUGUCUGCCUGUCAAAGAAAAAAGACCCCAGAAGCCCCAUUUUUCGCCGUCGACCCACCCGUCUGGCGAGGAUGACGUCCGAAUUCAUCCUGUCGAAGCCCUUCUGGAACGUGGCCAACACCCUGGUCCUGCCGGUGCUCUCCGACGACAACGGCGACGGCAUCCCCAAGCUGCGCUCCCUCGUCUCGCUCUCCCUGCCCAUCACCAUCUUCCUAGACUCUAUCCUCGGGGAACCGCCCUCGCCUGCGUCCUCGUCCGCGCCCUUAGGGAGGAGCGGCGGGUCUCGAAGCCUCGGCGAAGACCAGCUCAACAUCUUCCACUCCAUCGAGGACUCCCUGGCCAGCCUGGGAGUGGACGGGCGCUCGUGUCUCCUGCGGCUCAUCUGCGAGCUGCAAGGGAACGCCAUCGGGAGGUACACCGUGGUCGGGGAACUGCUCACCCCUGCUUUCACACCGAAGCGUGGAAUGAACGACUUCCUGCACGACUACAUCGAGGCCGAGGACGCCGGGAGGGACGGCGGCGACUGCGCGGCCAGAUACCAGUCCUGUCCCUUCUCUCUGACGGGGACGCUCGAGAGGUAUCGCCGGUAUAUGGAGAGCGUGUCCUCGAUCGAAGACAAGCCAGCGGACGACUCCCGCCCCUUCGCGAACACCAUCGGGAACGACCACUUUGCUCUCCCGAAGGUCGUCGUCAACUAGCCAAGUGGAGUCGUGGAAUCGUUGUCGUUGAGGAAACAAGUGAACGUCGUGGCGCUGAUGGAUUCUGGGUUUUUGUUUUAUUUGUGUUAUAUAUAUAUGUUUUUG